AUGUAUCCUUGGGGAUCGUGGCGAACAAUCGUUCCGCUAAUUAUUGGUGUUUUGAUUUUGGUGGGAUUUGCAUUUUACGAGGGUUAUCAGACUGACUACGAGGGUUAUCAGACUAACGCGGAUCAGACUAACGCGGUCUUCCCCUACCGUAUCUUCAGCUCGAGAACGGCACAAAUGUCCCUGCUUGGAAGCUUUAUCCAUGGCUUCGUGCUUUAUACUCUUCUACAAUAUCUUCCACUAUUUUUCCAAGCGGUCUACCUCGAAACACCGCUAAAGUCCUCUAUCUCGAUCCUACCAUUCUGCUGUGUAGUCUUUGUCUUUACGGGAAUUACCGCCUUCGCCGUUGACUUCUUCCGGAAAUAUAUGUGGGAAAUUUGGGCUGGAUGGAUUUUCCUCGCUGUUGGCUGUGGUAUCCUCUCACUAUGGGACCAAUCUUCCUCAGUGGCUAUAACUGCUGGUUUCCAGGUUAUUGCGGGGAUUGGUAUUGGGACAAUCUUCAGCGUUCCUCCUAUCCCAAUGCAAGCCAGCGCUGCACCCGAUGACCAGGGUCUCGCAAUGGGAAUAAUGGUCUCAUUCAGGCUAUUCGGUGCCCUUAUUGGUCUUGCAGUUAGUGCCACGACAUUCAGCAGUGUCCUCGCCAAUAGGAUUAGCGGCAUCGAUUUACCUGCUUCUUUGGCAUUGUUAAAAGACCCUAGUGAGGCCGUCAGCUUUAUUCCCUAUUUGCGAACGGCCGACAUCUCUCCUGAUAUACGGGACCUCAUUCGAGAUGCAUACAAGGACGCCAUGCAGACAAUCUGGUAUGAACUGGCAGCUUUUGGAGUAUUGGGUUUCUUGAGCUCUCUAUUCGUGGAGGAAUUGACUAUGGAGACGGAAGAGUUGGGUCGGCAGCAUUUCGAGCAUGAGUCAGACUGA